CAUUAAACCCACCAGAGGGGAUUGUUGCAGGCCCCAUUAAUGAAGAGAACUUCUUUGAAUGGGAAGCUCUAAUCAUGGGCCCAGAAGACACAUGUUUUGAGUGUGGGGUAUUCCCAGCAAUCCUCAGCUUUCCCCUAGAUUAUCCACUAAGUCCUCCUAAAAUGAGGUUUACCUGUGAAAUGUUUCAUCCAAACAUAUAUCCGGAUGGGAGAGUAUGCAUCUCUAUUCUCCAUGCUCCAGGGGAUGACCCGAUGGGUUACGAGAGCAGUGCAGAGAGGUGGAGUCCAGUACAAAGUGUGGAGAAAAUUCUUCUGUCUGUUGUCAGCAUGCUAGCAGAACCAAAUGAUGAAAGCGGAGCUAAUGUAGAUGCCUCCAAGAUGUGGCGAGACGACCGUGAGCAGUUUAAUAUGAUUGCCAGGCAGACGGUUCAGAAAUCCUUGGGAUUGUAAAAA